AUGGACCUACCUCGAGAAAUUAUAAAAUGGUUUCAAUAUUUAAAUUUACCAUACUCUUUUAAAAAUAUAAAAAAUGCUAGUAAUGGGAUAAUCAUUUCAGAAAUAAUAAAUACAUACAUACCCCAAAGUAUUAAUAUGAAUAGUUUGGAAAAUGGUUUUAGCAAGGAAAUAAAAAAAAAAAAUUGGCAAAUCAUAAAAAGAACAUUACGAAGUUUAAACAUUUCUUUCGAUGAAACAUCUAUAAUUAAUUCGGACAAAAAUGCUAUAAUAAAUCUAUUCAUUCAAUUAUACGAAUAUUUUAAUGAAAAUAAAAGUAAAAAUGAGUCCUAUUGUAUAAAAGAAGAAAAUAAUGAAUUGAAUGUCCCUUCUUUUGCUAGAUCUACAAUAACACAGAAAGUUCGAGAGAGUAAUGUCCACGACAUAGUAGAUGAAGAAAAAAAAAUGAUGAGUACCUACGAAAUAAUUAAAAGGGAAGAAUAUCAUAAUGCAAUGAUAAAAGAGAAGGGAAAAGAGGAAAAGGAAAAUAAAAACAAAAGAAAAUGUAAAAACAAGAAACCUGGUUUAAAUGAAACAUCUUUGUUUUACGAGCUUGAAAAAAGUAGCAGCAUAAUAACUAUAAAUGAUACUAGCAAUUAUGAGGAUUAUACAGACAUUAAAACCCUUGAUUCCUUUGUCAAGGAUAAAAAUAACUUAACGUCCUUAUCAUUCAUGAAAAAUGAAAAAGAAUUAAACGAAAAUGAAAGGCAAAAGAUUCUUAAAAAAAAUUUUGAAGAAAACGUAUCUAAUUAUACGAUUGAAAAAGAAUAUAAGAAUGAAUUAAUAAAAACCACUAAAAAGAUGUAUAAAUUUUAUCACAUGUCGAAUUUCGAACUGUAUGAUGAUGAAAAUACAAAUAAUUUAUAUGAAACAUUUUAUGCCUUAUGCUCCUCAAAAAAAUAUGAAUUAUUAAGUAAAAUAUUAGAUCAAUUAAAAGAUUUUAAUGAAAAUUUCUACAAAAUCUUAUCUUUGAAACCUUAUCACUUUUUCCACAUAUGGAAACUCUUUUACCCUGUAAUAUCUAGCUCAAGAUGUGACUGCAAAGUUUUUACUUUAAUUAUGGAAUAUAUGAAGGAGCUUCUGAGCUAUGUGAAAAUAAAUGACUUAACAUCAGUCGAAAUUUUCUGUAAUAUAAUAUUAAGAAGUCUUUUUAUUAUCGAUAAUAAUGAAAACAAGGAUGUUAAAUGUUUUUGUGAAUUAAUUAUCUUGAUGAUAAACAAGGACAGACAUACUUUAUUAAAUAUAUUAAGCAUAAUUAAAAACACAAUGUCUCUUAAUUUCUUUUACCUUUUUUUGUCAACCCUUUUAAAGGAUUCAUCAAAUGCGUUCAUUUUUAAAAAAGAUGUGAAAGAUAUUUAUCUUUACUACACGUUUGUUGGAUUGCACACAAAUAAAGAGAAUAUAAUGUUAUAUAGCUUGGACAUUCUAAAUACUCUAAGCCUGUUAGACAACUGUCAUGAGAUAGUUCUUCUAUCGAGCUUACUGCUUAAUAUCCUUGAAAUAAAUAAUAUAAAUUAUAACAUAUUUUUGUUCUCCAUUAGCUCGAAUAUCGUGUCUAAAUUAAUAGAAAAUCAGGGGGAAAAUGAAUACAAAGCAGAAAUAAAACAGUUCAUAAAAAUUUGCUCUGUUAUCUUAAAAAAUGCUAAAACAAAGCAGUUGUUGUACUUAAUUCUUAUAUACUCUCACAAAUUAAUAAAUAAGGAUGAUACAUUUUUUGACAUAUACUUGAGGAAACUUAGCGAACUAAGUGAUGAAGAACACAAAGUAUUUAUUAGUAGCGAUAUAUUUGAAGUCUUAUUUAAAAAAAUGUGCAUUUAUAAAAUCAUUAAGAAAUACUUUUCGAGCAUCUUCAACGAAAAUUUAAAUGUGUUAAACCAAAAAAAUAAUGAUGCCGUUCUUCAUUUAUUGUUGGCAAAAGAAAAAUGGAAAGAAGAGUUAUUUUUAAGAAUUUUAAAAAAUUACAUUAUAUAUAACAGAAAAAUGGAGUUAACUAGGUACUUAGAAAUAUACAACCAAAUUUUUAAAUACACUAUACAAAACCUUUUUUCGGAAAAUGAACAAUAUUUCGAAUUAUCAAAGGAUAUAUUAAAUUUCUUUUGGUUUUCCUUAAACGAAGAAUUAAAAGUUAAAUCAUUCGAGAUGUCCUCUAGUUAUUUAAAGGAUUUAUGUAAAACGAACAAACAUAUCUUAAAUCUUCAUACGAAAGAAUAUCUCAAAAAAUUGGAAAACGAUGCCUAUUUUAAUAGUUUUGUAAAUUAA